GAGGCGGAAGUAGCUACUCUGGAAGAGGGAAAGGGACUUGCUGCGCUUCGUGAAGGGCAACGCGCUCAAACUCCCGUGCAGCUCCGGGAAGCCCGUGCGGGCGGCUGCACGUGCGGCCUCACCCAGGCUCCUCCCCUCCCCGCCCCCUGCCCGGGUGUGGCCUCGCGGCUGCGUUCUCCGUCGCCGAGAUGGCGCUCGACCCGGCAGAACAGCAUCUCAGACAUGUUGAAAAAGAUGUUUUGAUCCCUAAAAUAAUGAGAGAAAAGGCCCGAGAGAGGUGUUCUGAACAAGUUCAAGAUUUUACCAAAUGUUGCAAGGAAUCUGGAAUGCUUAUGGUAGUAAAAUGCCGGAAAGAAAAUUCUGCAUUAAAAGAAUGUCUAACCGCUUACUAUACUGAUCCUGCCUUUUAUGAAGAAUGUAAAAUGGAAUACCUGAAGGAAAGGGAAGAAUUCAGAAAAACUGGAAUUCCUACCAAGAAAAGGCUACAGAAGCUUCCAACAAGCAUGAGAUUCUACUCCCUUGAGUCAGCUGUGUUCAUUGGUCAGAAUAAAUUUCAGCAUCUGACACCAAUUCCAUUAAUCACAGACAAGCCUGAAUAAGUGAGUAAGAUAAUAGAAAGACAAAAAUAUAUGAUGAACAGUGAACAUUGUUUAUGUAUGUAUGCUAUUCAGAUAAUAUAGACGUGAUCUGAGAUAUUCUUUUGAGUUUAAGACGGAUGUUUGAAACUGUCUAUUAAAAAGACUAAAGGUUUCCCACAUGAAACACUUUAUCUCAAGCAAAGGAUGUAUGAAAUCAAGUAAUACAUUUUAUUACUAAUAUUCUUAAUACUGCAGCCCUGAAAGAAUUUAAAUAAGUUUCCAUGUGAAGCCAUCCUUGUUAUUUCUUUGUUUAUAAAUAAUAGGCCAUUUAGGAUGUUUGAGGACAUUUUAUAAUUAUACUUUAUCAAUAUGGCACAGAAUAUGGUUUCUAGAAUUAAAAUCCUUAAAUUAAUUAAAAAUCACUCAAUAAGUAACACAUCACAAAAAAUCUAAUAAUUUAUAAGCUGCUCUACAUAACAAGUGAACGUUCUGUAGACCCUUUGAAGAAAAUUAAUUUAUACAGUUAUACCUUUAGAUUUUCAUUAUGGACCCUGAAGGGACAAAUUAGACUGAAACCUUUGUGAUGCUCUACUUCUAACUAGUUGGCUUCUAAAGUCAGGUUACUUCAAAUCUUAAAAUUCAAAUUGCAGUUCUAAACUUUAUCAAAAACAUUGUGAUUAAAAAUUUUCUUAAACUUUGAAACACAAUAGCAUAUAGAGAUGGAAAAACCUACAUAGUAUUAUUCCACUAUUUAUUUGUAUUUUUCACAUUUAUCAACAGGAAAUAACUAUUCACAUUGCUAUUUGCUCCUUUAUGUAACUUAAAGCAACUUAUAUAAAUUUCCUCUUAUAUUAAUGGCCUCCUUUAUUUUUAAUGAAUAGCUAUUUAGACAUUUCACAUGCUUUGUAAAACCAUAUCUAAAAACUUUCAAUUCCAUUCUUUAUGUGAGGCCGAAAUGUACAAACAUUAUCAAAGACAGACUUUUUGAAACACCUCAAGUUUAUUAAUUUAUUAGUAGUAUAUAUCUGAUUUUUAGCCAGAAUGUGAAGCUGGACAGUUGCUCUCAUACUGGAAAAUCAACUACAUAAUACAUUACAGUAUUGUGCAAAUGUGUACAUUGAAGAACUUUGCAAAAGUUUAAUCAAACCUGCUUUCAGUUUAUUAAAUAAUUUCUCAAGAAUACUUGCUGGAGUUACAGCAGCCUCAUGACCAAGUCACAGAUCUCUUCAGAAUUAAUUCUUAUAAAGGCAGUUUUGAUUACGUUGAUCCAAGUUAAGUGGGGGUGGCAGGAUGGGUGAAGGAAAAGUUUUAUUUUUAGUUUCCCCAAAUGCUGUUUCACUUGAUUUAGGAGGGCUUGGGAGUACCCAAGAAUUGUCUUCCAGAGAAUUUCUGCCAUACGAGUAGUGUUCCUGAAAGUUUGAACAGUCAUGAGGAAUGGGUCUCUCGUUAUCGGUCCAUGAUUGGAGAAUUGCUUUCUCUGGUAAAACCUUUACAUCUCCUGGAAAAGGGGAAGAUGUGGUAUGACAAAGAGUUUUGCCAUUUGGUGAGAGAGGGGGGUGUCUUUUGUAUGUUGCAGUGAAAUUCGUCAAGUGCAGGUUUGUGCUUUCUUUCCCAAGGUCUUCCAUGAAUCCUACAGGGGUGCAGGCUAAAAGAGAAAGUAUAGGCCAAAUGUCAGUUGUCAUGGCAUUUUUUAUCAUAAAAUUAACAUUAAUUGGUUGAAUUUAUAACUGGAAGUAAAGUGAACAUUUCCAAGUUAGAGAAGUCACUGCACUGUCCCAGGUAUCACUUUUCUCACUUGCAAAAUGGACAAAGCAUAGUAAUCCUAUCCCACCUGUAUCACUGCACCAUUAAAGGUGAAGUAUUUAAAAUUUCAAAAAGUGGGAAACCAAUAAAGUUAAAAUACAAGUAAAGAUUCUGUUCUGGGCUCUUAAUGGGGCGAGAGAAGGCUUGCAGACUUUUUACUUCAGUAGAGAAUAAGGCUUUCCUUAAGUUUCAGUAUUUAUUAUUAAAUAUCAUAUUCCUUUAUUUUUUAAAAUCUUUUUUUUUCCAUAGGUGGUCCAAAAGCAAGUUUUUUCAGAAAGAAUUAUAUUAUGAAUUAGUGAGACCUAAAUAAUAUGUGUUCAGGCUUUUAUGAAUAUAAUAGUUUAAGUAACAUCUAUAAAAUAAUCCAGUAUUUUAUUAAAUACAUAUAAUGUAAGUUCUGCUACUGUUACAGUAUAGGCUAAG